GUCGUACUAUGAAGGGGUAGUAAUAAAUGUGAAAUGAACGCGAAACGUGCGAUAGGAGAACGCAUCGUGGGUAUAAUAAAUAGUGUGGACGAGACGCAUGCGCGGUUCAGUUUACAGUUUGCACUCGGAAAAUGGCGUCUGCUAAGUUUCUCGAGGAAGCUCUCAAUACACAGAUCGAUGAAUCAGCCGUGAGCGAACUGGUGGGUUCCUUGGAGAACCAGCUCGGUACCUCCACGUCCCAAGCAUCGAACCAAAACAGUUCGGCACCGGUGCUAAAUCAGAACCACGUAAACGGCGGGACGGCGGUCCCGUCACAGAAACAUGGGGCCAUCGCUAAUGGGGAAUCAGUUAACGUGGUAACCACUGCGGACGGUACCAAAAUCCUUACCAAUAAUUCACUACCAGGAACAAUUAUAACGGCCACUGCGGCCCAAGUGGCCGCCGGAGCUAUACAACAGACACCGGGGGGCAACUUUGUUAAUCAAGCCCAGGUGACCAUUGCUGACAAAGUCAACGAAGGUGUUAAGAUAGUGUACUCACAAGCUAUGUCCGGCACGGGGACCGUGCUUACGAACCGUGUACCUUUUCCAACUCAGAAUUUACCCAACGGGACGAUAGGCUUACAGCCGAUUACCACUACAGUACAGACUAUACAGGCGAAACCGCAAGCGAUAGUGAUUAAGACUAGUGCAGCGCCGGGUUCGGCAGCCGGACUAGUGACAGUGCCGAUGACCGCGACAGUGCCACAGGUUAAUAAUGUAGGUAGUCCCACGACCCAAACUCCCAACGUCCUUCCCAAUCUCCAGGUCGUUAAUGUGCGGCCCCCCGGAGUUCCCGCUCAAUCGCCUAAGGGCCAACCGGCGCGUGUUGUACUUAGCGCGCCGCCGAUUGUUGGGGCCCGUCCGGGAGCUCCACAGUUGACGCUGCAAUCCCUCCACGGAUUACAACCUGGGCAACAAGGCCAUCUUCUCCUAAAAACGGAAAAUGGUCAGUACCAACUCCUCCGGGUGGGACCGGCGCCUCAACCCGCCGGUUUGGUGUCAACACAAACUGGUCAAGCUCAGCCGGUUACCCUUCGUAUGCAGACAGUCCCAGUGACUACAACUGCUGUUAUCGCCUCAAAUGCUGUAGCGGCAACGGCGCCUGCUCCUACGGCAGUAACAAACGUAACAACAGCAACAGGACAGAAACCAGCGAAUGAUAAUACCAAAGAGAAGUGCAGAAAAUUCUUAGCGAAUUUGUUAGAAUUAUCAAGCAAAGAACCGAAAAGCGUAGAGAGAAGUGUAAGAACGUUGAUACAAGAGCUCAUUGACAUGAGAGUGGAACCAGAAGACUUCUGUGAUAGAUUGGAACGUCUUCUGAAUGCCUCACCACAACCAUGUUUAAUCGGAUUUUUAAAGAAAAGCUUGCCUUUGUUAAGGCACUCAUUGGCAACAAAAGAGUUAUCUAUAGAUGGCAUCCGUCCACCGCCAGCAAACGUUGUUUUCUCAAUAGCUACUGGUACACCCACAGUUCAAACGCAAGUUAGGCCGGCUACAGCAAGUACACAAGUUCGAUUAAUGCAACCAGGAACGACUGUAGUAAGACCACAAGUGCUCCACCAAAGACUGGUCGCCCCGAUUCGACCGCCAGGCCAACCAACUCGAAUGGUGACCACUAUAAGACAAGGCAGCCCCGGUCAACAGGUGAUCGUUUCCAGUUCGCAACCGCCCGCCCUUCACCCGGUUUUUCCAAAUAAUCAGGUUCGACCUGGAACGGUAAAUCGACAACCAAUGAUUAGAACGGUACCAACACCAGGUCAAGUUCGGCAGCCUGUUACGAUCAGGACAACGACACCCGUUGCAAAGGGCGGCGUAACGAAUCUCAAGAUGCAAGGAACGAAGCCGGUCGUCCCCUCAGCAGUUUCAAAAAUUACCACCAAAGAAAAGGAAAAGAAAUCAUUUUCACUGGCGUACGCCGGAGAUGAUGACAUUAAUGAUGUAGCCGCUAUGGGUGGGGUUAAUUUGUUGGAGGAAACUCAAAGGAUAUUGGGGUCGACGGAUUAUGUAGGGACGCAAAUUCGGUCUUGCAAAGAGGAGUAUUUUUUAAAUAUGGGUUGUUUACAAAAUAGAAUUAGACAAGUUAUGGUAAAACAUGGUAUAGAAGAAGCUAGUUCGGAAGUGGCUGCUGCUGUUUCGCACGUUGCACAGGAAAGGCUAAAAGAUUUAAUAGAAAAAUUGGCUAUUAUUACGGAACAUAGAUUGGAGAUGAUAAAAUCCGAUCCACGGUAUGAUGUUACAACUGAUAUUAAGGGUCAGUUAAAGUUUUUGGAAGAUUUGGAUAGAGCUGAGAGAAAACGACAUGACGAAACUGAACGGGAGAUGUUGCUUAAAGCAGCAAAGAGUAGAUCGAAAUCAGAAGAUCCUGAGCAGGCAAAACUCAAGGCGAAAGCAAAGGAGAUGCAACGAGUGGAAAUGGAAGAGUUACGACAAAGAGAAGCCAAUGCGACGGCUUUACAAGCCAUUGGACCUCGAAAAAGAAUUAAAUUGGAUGGUGAUUCAAAUUCAACAAACUCUCAGGUUGGUGCAAGUGGAAAUUUUUCAGUACCAAGAUCGCAACUGCCGCUAAGACAGCGCAUGAAAAAAAUAACGUUAAGGGAUUUGCACUUUUUGUUUGAAACUGAAAAAGAUUUGUGUAGAAGUACGUUACUUUACAAGUCAUAUCUUAAGUGAUGCACGCUUGUCGACGGUGUUGUGAUAAUUGAGCUGCUGUACCACGUAGAAGUCAGCCGGGCCGUCACGGCACAUUUUGCACCGCGAGGAUAGCGACAGAGCGCUUCGAAAAUAAAUAAUAAUAACAAUAUUAAAAUAAAAACAAAAAAAUAAAAACGUUACGUUUUGUAUCAAAACAUUCACGUCGGUAUUCCAGCAGGAAUGUGUUUCGCUCGAGCUAAAAUGUGCCUGAAAGAAAACGGGAGAUGCGUAUAGAGGGGGAAUGAUAGCGAUACAGAAAAGCCCUUGUUCUCGAUUUCUUCACACUUAACUGUACAUAUUAAGUUCAAUAAACAGAACUUUGCUGAUGUCUUCAAAUGGCUUUUUUCUGUAGUUUCUUUAUAUAAAAAAAGCGUGUGAUAUUCAGCAAUGAGCAACUAAUUUAUGAUUAUGAAAGGAAAAAGAAUGAAUUGAAAUUUUGUAUAAUAUGGUAAUUAAUACUGCCACUGCCAUAAUUAAGCAUCAAUUAUAUACUAUUUUUUAAUAUGCAGCAUGGGUAAUUUAAUAAAUUAAUAUGUAAUGCUAAAAUUAUGCUUUGAAAAGUUAAUUGGAUAAAUUAAAAUUAAGUAGGUACUUUAAAUAAUGAAGAUAUGUUUAAUUUAAUGAACUGAAAAUAUACGAAUUAAUCAAAAAAUACUGUGCAAUAUAUUUGCGCUGAGUAAUUAUUUUUUUUAUAAGUAAAGUAUUAACCCAAAUACCAACAAAAUUAGUUAUUCUUUUCAAAGAAAGAAUAAACACCAAUUGUGCAUAACAUAUUCUAAAUCUGUGGUUAUUAAACUUUUAACAUUAACAUUUUGCUGUUUGGUAUAUAGUUCCGAUUUUUUACAUUUUAAAAUACAUAUCUCUCAGCAAAAAUGUUAAUCAUAGAAUAGCAAUAAUACAAUAUUUAUUCAUAGUAACGAGGCGGCAUAUUUUUAUACAACACAAUAAAAGUAAAUUAUUGCUCAUAGCUGAACUAGAAAAAAAAAAUAAAAGUGGGACAAUUCUAAAGGAGUUAUAAACACAGUAUGCAGAUUACGAGACAAUUGGGUUGUACAGUUAACAGAAAUAAAAACAGUGUAUAGUUAUUAAUUAAAUAACAAUACUUUUUGUGGAACCAAAUAAUUCAGAACAAAUUUGUAAAUAACGUCGAGAUGCAUACAUAAAAAAAAUUUUACUUUUUUUAAUGACAUUUUCAACUUGUAUAAAACGGAUAAAAAAAAAUUGUAACUUAAAAUAUAGUAGAUUUUGUAAUAAUUAUAGUAACGUUUUCUUCAUAAGAAAAUGCUUUUUAAGUAAGUAUAUUGUUCAUUUGUAAUUAUUUGUAUAAUUGUUUUUAUCAGAUGAAGAUUCGAAUUUCUGAGGAAACUGAAUAACUGAACAUAGAUAUAUAAUUUUGUUAUAGAAUUAAUAUUUAAUACAAUAUAGCUACCUAGUUUUUGUUUAAUGUAUAUGUACAUAUGAAUAUAAAUGUCGUUACACAUAUUUCAAAAAAAAAAAAAGAUAAAAUUGAAGUUCAUUUUUGAUCUUUAUUAUUAGUCCCAUAUAUGU